AUGGAAUCCUAUCGUGACGUCAUUGUCAGUCGUUAUUUAGUGUUGCGGUUGACCGACCUGUUAUUAGACCUGCCCCUCGCGCACACAUGACAGGACCAGACACUAUAAACACCAUUUGAAUAGGAUAUAAAGAACUUAUUAGGAUUGAACAUGGAGUCAGUGAAUCCAGACGAGUUCACAGUGGAGGCAGUAGAGCGGGCUCUUCAGCAGCUCUACUAUGACCCUGAUAUGGCCAAGAAGAAUGUGGCACAGAAGUGGCUCACACAGGCCCAGGCAUCACCACAAGCAUGGCACUUCUGCUGGGCUUUACUCCACCCAGGCAAGCUUCCUGAGAUGCAAUUCUUUGGAGCUAGCACACUACAUGCUAAAAUCUCCCGUCACUGGUCUGAUCUCCCCACUGGUCAGUUAGACUCCCUACGCUCACAGCUCAUCGCCCAGGUCGGCCAGUUUGCCUCAGGGCCCAAGAUGGUGCUCACCAGACUCUGUGUUGCUCUGGCCUCCUUGGUCCUUCAUAUUUUACUAGAAAUGUGGCCAACUGCAAUCCCAGAUCUUCUAUGUGCCUUCCAAACAGGAGAGGGUGUGUCCAAGGCUGAUGGUCAGUCCCGAUGCCUGGCACUUCUAGAACUCCUUGCCGUUCUGCCCGAGGAGCUUCAGAUCAGCAGGAUCCCAGCAUCCCAGCGUUCCCAGCUGAGGACCGCUCUGGCUGUGGAGUGGAACUCUGUCGGCCCACUACUCCAGCAGUUACUGCAAAGCGCAGAUGCACCCAGUCAGGUCAGAGAGCGUGUGCUGAGGUGUGUGUCCUCCUGGCUCACAUUGGAUAUUGCUUUGAAAGACAGUGAGGGGUUGUUGCAGGGUUGCUUUUCCCUGCUUAAGGAGUCUGAGCUCUUUGACACAGCUGUGGAGACCAUUGUCAGCAUCAUAUCACAACCUGAUUGUCAGAGGUUUACAGACAGUCUGAUGAAGAUGGUUCCUCAAGUUCUGAGUCUUCAGGAGCAACUGAAGAAGGCCAUGCAGGAUGGAGACAUGGAGACGUCUCAUGGAAUCUGUCGCAUUUCUGUAGCUCUGGGAGAAACUCACUGCAGGACUCUUCUGGAGCAGGUUGAUCAUUGGCAGGGAUUUCAGGCUUUGGUGAACAUGAUUCUGUCCUGCACUGGGAUACCUGGACACUAUCCUGUGGAUGAGACAUCCAGCUCACUUACACUCACAUUCUGGUACACACUACAAGAUGACAUUACAUCAUUGGAUGGUGAGCGGCAGACACUCUAUCUACAGAUCUACAGACCUGUGUACUUCCAGCUGGUGGAUGUUCUGCUGCAGAAGGCCUGUUUUCCUAGUGAUGAGAACUACACCACAUGGUCUGCAGAUGACAAAGAGCAGUUCAAAACCUACAGGGUUGACAUCUCAGAUACUCUGAUGUAUGUGUAUGAGCUGCUGGGCCCGGAGCUCCUCAGAAACCUUUAUGAUAAACUAGGCGUUCUACUGACAGAUACAGAACACACGUCCUCAUGGCAAGAUAUAGAGGCUCUGCUGUUUGGCUUUCAGUCCAUUGCUGAGACAGUAGAUGUCAGUUACUCAGAUGUCAUUCCAGGACUGAUUGGUCUGAUUCCUCUGAUCACAGCCAACAGUAUUCAGCUGGCUGAGACCAUCAUGUUCACCAUAGGCUCUUUGGCUGAGUGGUUGGCGGAUCAUUCUCUCAUGUUGGCGAGUGUCCUUCCCGUAGUCUUACAAGCUAUGUCCAACACGGAUCUGUCAGUGUCUUGUGUCUCAGCUCUAAAAAGAAUCUGCCGAGAGUGUCGACAUGACCUCCACCCUCACGCCAAUGACAUCUUGGCCGUCUCACAGGGGGUGCUUGUGAAAGACAUCCAUAAAAGCACUCAGUGCAUGUGGCUGAUGCAAGCGCUGGGUUUCCUGCUGUCAGCUUUGCCCAGUGAAGAGAUUCUGGGGAAGCUGCUGUCUCUGGUCACCCCACACAUCCAGCAGCUGGAGAAAUUGGCUAAUGAGCCGCCCAGCUCGGCAAAUAAGCUUCAUAUUGUCCACAUCCUUGGCCUGCUGUCCAAUCUCUUCUCCACUUUUGACCUAAAUAAACAAAGUGAAAGAUUGGAAGUCCUGAGACAUGGCCUAACACAGCCACAAAACAACCCGGUGGUGGCUGUCCUACAGCAAGCCUUCCCUCUGAUCCAGACUAUUCUCAACAAGUGGCUGAAUGAAGCAGAAGUUGUAGAGGCAGUGUGUGCUCUAUUUGAGAAAUCACUGAAGACCCUUAUCCAUGACUUUGCGCCCCUGGUCACACAACUCUGUGAGCUCAUUGGUCAGAUGUUCAGCGCUUACCCACAGGCCUCUGCUUUAGACCUCACACGACAGUUAGUUCACAUAUUUGGCUGUGAGAAAGAUCUUUUUUCACCAAUAGCUGCCCUGUUGAAAUUGAUUACCAACAUCACCAUGUCAAUAUUUCAGCUUGGCUGCAGGGAUCAUCCAGAUGUGGUGGAGUCAUUUAUGCAGCUUCAUGCUCAGGUUUUGCGUAGAAAGCGUGACCUUUAUAUUUCAGACAGUCUUGAUAUCAAAGCUGUUUUCUACUGUGGUGAGAAUUACAAUAGCACACAUCUGAAUAACACAUUUUCACUGAAUAACACCUUUUCACUUAAUCACUCUGUCCUUGCAGGAAUAUUGUCAUUCAAAUUCCCUGAGACUCCGACACUUAAGGCGACCUGCCUGCUAUUUACGGAGUUGAUCUCUCAUUGUGAAGAUAUUCCUGCUGUAAGGGAAGUGCUACAGGAGGACGGAAAGUUGCUCCUUCAAACCCUACUGGAGGCAAUCGGGGGUCAGUCUCCAUGCAGUCUGGCUGAGGAUUUUGCAGAGGUCUUGUUCUCAGUGAGUCGUCACUGUCCCAACGUGCUGACUCUGUGGCUCAGAGAGGUACUGCUGCCCCCCGGCUUCCCCAGCUCACAUCUCACCACAGAGAACAAAGAACACUUCUGCCAACAGAUCCUCAGGGAGCAAGUGAGCAAGCGACAAAUGAAGGACAUUGUGAAGGAGUUUGCUCUCUCAAGUCGGGGACUGCAAGGGACUGAGUAUGCAGCAAGUUAUUAAACAGACUCAACACACAAGACCCAGAAUAGAUCUUCAGUUGUCCUUGUUUUAGUAUUCAGGGGUCAAGAGUUACACUAAUGGCUUGUUAAACCAAAAGUGCACUGUUUUGAAUACAAUCAAGCCAUAAUGUUAACAUGUUAUGAUUGAAAAAGCAACAUGUAAAUGCAAUAAUUUAAUUUGGAUUUUGUUGUGUCACAUCUUCUGCAAACACCAAAGCAGGCAAUGAUUUAAUUGCAAUAUAUAUAUAUAUAAGUAUGACUUACUAUCUUCUGCAGAACACAAAGACUUUUAGAAGAAUAUU